UGAACCUCGCUAAUCUAAUCAGUUCAGUCAGGCUGACCCUUAAGCUUGUGUGGGAAAGUAUUUUAUUCUUAACAGAAAAGUCUUCGGUAUGUCUGUGAUUCCACGCAUUCAUCCAUCAAUUAGGCUAUUUAAGGAUUGACUGCCUGGGGUAACGCAUUAUACCACAGCUUCAUAAAAUAUAGUUCCAAGGACAACUAAAUAGCCUACUGAAAAAUAGUUGUGUUUAUACAAGCAGAUUUCAUGGCAUAUUUGGUUUGUUGGUUACAAUCUAUCCCAGUAACGAUUGCUGCCAUGCUGGUCGUGGCUCUGAGGGCGAAAGCGGACAUCGACGACCCCCUUUUCAAGUGCCUGAUCGAUAAAGACUACAAUGAGAUUCUUAACAUUGUGCAGAGAGGUCUUCCCCAUGCAAAGACACCACGCCACAUCGCUAUAGUCGGCGGAGGCAUCGCAGGUCUGACGGCCGCUCACUUCUUGGAAGGGGCGGGUCAUAAGGUGACGAUAGUUGAAGCCAGCGGGCGUAUCGGCGGGAGAGUGGAGACGUACAGGGAUAAGUGGGGAGGCUGGUAUGCUGAGUUCGGUGCUAUGAGGAUACCCAGCUUUCACAGAAUCCUGCUGAACUUCACUCAAAAGAUGGGCGUCCAACUGAACCCUUUUAUCCAGGACGACAUCAACACAUAUUAUCUCAUUAAUGGCGCGUUAAUGAAGACGUACAAAGUGAAAAAUAACCCUGAUGCACUGAACUACCCUCUGAAAGAGUGGGAGCGUGGGAAGUCAGCCAGUGAGCUCUUCAGCAUUGCUUUGUGGAAGAUUAGAGAUGACUUGAAGAAAAGUGGCAAUAACUGCACAGAAAUUUUGGAAAAAUAUGACUCCUACUCUGUUAAGGAGUACCUGGUGAAAGAGGCACGCCUGAGCCCUGGAGCACUGCAGAUGAUUGGCGAUCUCCUGAAUGAAAACAGUUUCUUCUACACAGCGCUGACAGAAUCUCUGCAUAUCCAGGCCGAUAUCAACGACAAUACUACGUACUAUGAGGUCACUGGCGGUUUCGACCAUCUGCCAAGAUCAUUCUACGAGACUCUGAAAGGCACCAUACUCCUCAACUCCCCAGUCAGGCGCAUCAGUCAGACGGAAAGUCACGUCAACGUGUCCUACCAGGACCAGCACAACUCCGCCGCCUUGACCAACCUGACGGUCGACUACGCCCUGGUCACAGCCACAGCUAAAGCUUCCCUCUUCAUUGAGUUCCAGCCUCCACUCUCAUCCAAAAAGAUGGAGGCCCUGCGGUCUGUGCAUUACGCCAGCUCCACCAAGGUGGUGCUGAGCUUCAGUGUGAGGUUCUGGGAGGAGGAAGGCAUCAGGGGUGGGAAGAGCAUCACGGACCUGCCGUCCCGCUUCAUCUACUAUCCCAGCCACAACUUCACCAACACCACUGGGGGCGCAAUCCUGGCCUCCUACACUUGCUCGGAUGACUCCACCCUCUUCCAGGGCAUGUCUGAUGACAGGGUGAAGGAGGUGGUGCUGAAUGACCUGGUGAAAAUCCACGGCGAGGGCAUCCGGCGCCUCUACAAUGGGGGCGUGGUGAAGAAAUGGGGCCUGGACCCCUACAGCCUAGGAGCAUUUGCCAUCUAUACCCCAUUUCAACACACUAGCUACGCUAAUGACCUUUUCAAGAAAGAGCACAGGAUCCACUUUGCUGGAGAGCACACAGCCACGCCCCAUGGCUGGAUUGAGACUGCCAUAAAAUCAGCGAUAAGAGCUGCAAAAAACAUAAACAAUCUCAGGGAGUAGCAACUGCCAGUGUGGCACACUCAAAGCCAGAAGGCACAGGGAGAACCUGGCUGGAGGGAAGACUGCUAGGGGAACAAAACUGGCAGUACUUGACUGAAAAAACAAUGUCAGAAUUGGUGGAAUUAGUCAAUGAAUUUCAGAAAAAGCAAUACUGUUAUGCAAAUGUUUCAACUUUAUAUGUUUGGAGGGAAUGUGGUGCUUUUGUCAAGUUAUUUCUAAAUGUAAACACUUAGGUUUUGUCACCUGGAUUGCAUUAUGUAAAGAUAUGUGUGAUUUCACAAAGUAGUGCACUCAAGCAACGAAACAUAAGGUACAUCAUCAUUCUAUGAAUUUGAUUCUUGUACUAUACAACCUUGACAAAAGAAUGUAGGAUAUAAUUUUAUUGUUGGUAUUCAUCCAGUUUUAAUGCCAGUUGAUCCAGAUCAUUGUAUUUAAGGAAUAUGUAGCUUGCAUAAUAUUUUAUAUAUAUAUGAAAUCCAUUAACAAAAAAUGUGUGCGGUUUUACAGCCUUAUAUAUAUAUCCAUAAACACAAUUUGUACAAAGUGGAUAAUUUUCUUUAGGAAUUCAGGCAAAGGGUAUACACUCACCUCUUUCUCAAUGAGCCAGCUGAAAGCGAUUGCUUCUCUGAGUUUCCACCAUCCACCAUUAAGCCUAUAACUUGGUCUUAAAUGCAGCGAAAGGAAAGAGUGCACGUUUAGUGACCUCAGGUAAGGAAUUCAGCAAAAGGCUCAGUCUUCUGAUUUUACUUUAUUUUUUUAACAUUUAGGAGAUACUUCUCAGCUGAUUCAAACUGAUUUCAUGGUCUAAGGCACUGAAGGUCUGACUGCAGUCAGCAGCUAAGCGAUGCAGAGCUUUAAAAGUGAUUGUUAAUAUCUUAAAAAGCUAUCCUAACUAUGAAUAGUAAAAAGUAAUAAUUUCUAGUAUGUUGUACAAUUCCAAACUUCUAGUAGGUUUCACAUUUAAGAUGGAGUUUAUAUGGAUUAUAAUUUCAGAGAAUUAAUCAUAAAUAACCAAUUCCAAGUUUGCAUUUUUUUUAAACGAAGAACGCCGAGAUUUCCAUUAAACUAUUAUGAUUAACUGAUGACAUGAGUUCUGAUUCUCUCUUUAAGAAGCUCAAUACGUUCCCACACAUCUGGAGGGCUCAAAGGUGGCAAAGGGAGAUGGGUUUACAAUUGUAUCAAUAGUUCUACUGUAUAUAAAACGCAGCAGAACCCCAACUGUUGAGAUUGCAAAAAAAAAAAAAAAAAAAAAAGGUCCACAUUAUCAAUGAAGGUAAUAUUACUUUUAGCACACAUGUUGGUAAGCCACAUGUAGAGACAAAAGCCGGAAAAUCCUUGCAGGCCUUCCUGAAAACUGGUUAGGGACCAGACAAUUAAUUCUGUGUCUUUGGCUCCACUUUGAGGACACAUCGACACAAACACUGAUUACAAAAUUGCAUUAAAUCACCACUGCCAGACACACCUCACCACGGUACAAGAAUGUGUGAUACUGAAUGCUUUUUUUUCCCAGAACACUUAGAUUCAUGGAUAUGCCAUAUGAAUGGAAUGGAAUCAUGAUCUGAUGUGGCUUUGUGUAACUGUCUGUUCUGAAAAGGAGCAAGAUUGACUAAGUAGAACUGUGUCCCCUGGAAUUCUUCCAACCAGCCUCACUUAUGACUGGAUAUGACCAGCUACUUAAAUAAAAUAUUAAAAAGUUUUAAUACAGCUAGAAAUGUGUACACACAAAUCACAGGACCUGAAAGAUUCCUUUAAA